AUGCUCAUCGAAGAGCCAAAGAAACCCUUCAUUCUGAUGGUCGAUAUUCCCGCUUCAUCUUCUCACCUCUCAGUCGAACUGUUUCCUCCACGAAUCGACGCCAGAAAAGGCCGACCAAGAAGAGCGACCGACAACCAGAGUCUCAGAGUUGCGGUGUUGCACAGAUGUCAGGAGGAGGCGUGGAACAGGUACAUGGCAGAGGUAAUUUAUUUAUGUUUGUGGAAUUCUGUUGAUCGGAGAAAAACAUGGGACAAGGUUAUGGGACAUUUGGAACAUAAAGUUCAUUGAAAAUGUUCAGAUAAGGCUAACAAUUUACUCUCAGUCUGGCGGGAAAAUAGUGGGGAUUUAUCGCAGAAAUUUUCGGAAUCGCGCACCAAGUCCUCGGCCGCGCGGAGACGGCUCCGGUGGGGCAAAAGUUUUUUAGCCAUGUCAAUUUGCAGCUUCAAAAAUUUUAAUUUUUUUCAAUUUUUUUCAACGUUCUGUCCGACUGCGUAUUUUAAACUCCCGAAACAACUUUUUUUAUUUUCAGCACCCAGUUGUCGCCGAACCCUGCCAAAAACACUCGCUGAUGGAGGUUGACGAAAACCCAGAAGUGGAGGCCAAGAAAUUCAAGAUCGAAGACAUGAAGCCGUUGCCCAUCGAAGAAGUCAUGACGCCAGAAGAGCUGGAAGAACUCGGUUUACUCAUUGAUGACACGAUUUUUGACAAGUUUUAG